UCCAAACGACUCCAGCUUUUCUUAAGCGGAUACAAGAAUGAUGAUGAUGAAGGGAGGCGGAUAAAUCUAUUGAAGGCCCACUAAUCCAAAUCGUAGAAAAGUAGGAGUAUAAUACUCGUACGAGGCAGGAUCGCACGAGUAGAGUAGAGUAGUGUGUGAUACUUCAGAAAAAAAGAUUAAUUAGAAGAGGGGAAGAAUCCAACACCAAUUGGCCACAUUAUGAUUGUAUCCUUGCACAAUCUCCCGGCACACGUAUAAAUGACAAGCAGCCAUGGACGCCAUGGGCCUCUCGCGUGCUGACAAACCCACACUUAUAAGCCACGGACAACACGCCGCCUCCUCCUCCUCCUCCUCAGCCGAGGCAUCCACGCAGCAGCCGACCCGAGAGCAGAGCAGAACAGAGCAGAGCGAGGAGAGAGAGAAUAAGAGAUUGAUCCAUGUCUUCGGCAUCGGUUCCGCCGCCGCCGGUGCCGGAGCGGAGGGCGCCGUUGGUGGUGCCGAUGGUGCCGCGGUUGGCUGAGGAGGGAGGAGGUGGGAGUGGCGACGACGCGCGCGGGAGCAUGGCGGGGAUAUCGCCGAGCAUCCUUAUCAUCGCCGUAAUCGUGGUGGUGAUGCUUCUGGCGUCCAUCUCCAUCCACUACUUCAUCCGCAGCCUCUGCCGCCGCUCCCCUUCCUCCUCCUCCUCCUCGGGGCCCUCCGCGCCGCCGCUCCCGCUCGUGGCGGUCCGCAGCUCCGCGGUGGCCCCGGCGGCGGCGGCGGCCGACCAGGGGAAGGAGGCGGCCGCGGAGAGGGAGCGGCUCAUCGGGCGGCUGCCGCUCUUCACGCUCGCGUCGUCCCUCGCCGCGCUGCCCAGGUCGUCCAGGGACUGCGCCGUGUGCCAGUGCGUGUUCUGCGGCGACGACGAGCUCCGCCUCCUGCCGGCGUGCCGCCACGCCUUCCACUCCGGCUGCGUCGACCCGUGGCUCCGCGCCAACCCCUCGUGCCCGCUCUGCCGCGCCUCCAUCGCGCUCCCGUACCCGCCGCUCCCCGAGCUCCUCCGCGUCGAGCUCGGCAGCGUCAGCAGCCGCCGCUCCACCUCCUCCUCCUCCUCCUCCGCGGCCGUCGCCGCAGCGCCGCCAGAGGGAGCCCGCGCCUACCCGCUCCCCAACUCCAGCACCAACACGGAGUACCUCGUGGAGGAGGACCUCCAGGUCGUCCUCAAGCCGCCCAGCGCCGCCAACCCGGCGCCGGCGCCGCCUCCCUCGGCACGAAUUACCGGCGAGCCGAGCCAGCAGCUGGCUGCCGCGGGGGAGCGCGGGCUGUCGUCGUCGUUCAGGUCGGUGGGGCGUUCGAGCAGCAGGUGGAGCAACCGGUGGAGCAGCCGCUGGAGCAGCGGGCGGUGGAGCAGCCGGUACGACGCCGGGAGCGUGACGGCCGCCGCCACGGCCGAGUGGUGGUGGGACAUGGACGGCGGGGUCGCGCCAGCGUCGCGCCGCGCCGAGUCCGAGGACGGCAGCGCCUUCUACGGGUUCGUGCGGUGGCUGACGGGAGCAUACUAGCCACUCCAGCAAACAGCGCGUUCCAACGGCGGGAACAGGCUCCAGCCUCCGGCGCCGGCCGGAGCCCCGGCAGGCGAUGCGGAUGCCAUGCAGUGUAGUAGUAAUCUCGAAACUGCCCCGAAACCGGAUGGAUUCUGAUGCCGUUGCCGCACUCCCCGCCCGCCUCUGCUUUCGGGCAUCGACGACCUUCUCUCUCUUAGGUUUCUUUUUGGGGGAGGGGGUGCCGUACGGAUUACAAAACUGGCUCCGAAUUGGAGAAUGUCGGCGGGAAGGCUGAGGAAUUCGCUCGGGGACUUUGAGGCGAACCUCCCUCUCUUCCUUCCUUCCUUGCUUGCUUGCAUGGUGAUGGUGCACGCAUCGGUGAAACCAAACGAAAGUUCCACAUCUUCCCAAGCUUUCAAGUUUCACCUUACCACCCCUAUAUUCUAUUCUAGUGCUGCAUCAUUUUGAUAGUAGUACGAGUUGUACUCCUGCUAGCCAGGUUUGUAAUUUUCAUCCCAUUGGCCACUGUGGUGGAUUGCAAGGCCAGUGAAGUGAUGAAGAGAGGGAUUCUCUGUCUCAUGUGUGCGACAGUGUGAGACUGUGUGCAUCGUAGCGUGCGUGGUACAGGAAGCUAGGGGACAGCGGUAAGCUUUGAGGCAGGACACGCAAAGAAAGCAUUUGAGUGGUGUGUGUA